AUGAUAUAUUUAUGUUCAAGUUAUUUUCACUCUACUUUCUCCUAUAAAAGAGGAAGUUACAAAGGCCUCGAACACAGACACAGGGAACUGCAUAGGAUCAGAAAGAUUCGAAGGCAAGAUACAAUGGCUAGUGGGCGCAAUGUGAAGAACGCUGUGAUAUCAUUCUUGGUUCCUCUCCCUUCCAUUCUCUUCUAUCUCUCAUUCCUCAACCACUAUGACUCUGCAAAUUCCCCUUCAUUUUGGUCAACUUUGUGGGCAUGGUGCUAUCACCACCCUCUGCUAUUAGCCAAUGCUCUUUUCUUCAUCAACGUCAAUGUCCUCUUCUGGGUCAUUGGCCAAAUCCAAUCUAGUCACUGGAUGAUUGACCCAUAUUGGACUGUGAUACCUGUGAUGCUUGUUCAUUACUAUUCUACGCACCCUUUGGCUCACUUUGAUUGGUGGAGGUCAAGGAUUGUGAUAUUGUUGACAUGGGUGUGGAGUAUUCGGCUCACACAUAACUACUUCAGGAGAGAAAGGUGGCAAUGGGGUGCAAGGGAAGAUUGGCGUUUCACUGAGAUGAGUCAACAGUAUGGAAAUCAAUGGUGGUGGGUUUCAUUCUUUGCUGUUUAUGUAUCCCAACAGAUGUUUUUGAUUGGAUUGUCCCUUCCCUUGUAUGCUGUUCACACUGUUAAUCAGCCUUUGAGCAUAUGGGACUUGGUGGCUGUUGUUCUCUGUUUGUGUGGCAUUGUGAUGGCAUAUUUUGCUGAUACACAGCUCUAUGAGUUUGUGAAUAGAAACAACAAGCUGAAAGGGCUUGGGAAACCCUUGGUUCCUGUGCUUGACAAUGGCUUGUGGUAUUACUGCCGGCAUCCAAAUUACCUUGGAGAGCAGAUGUGGUGGUGGGGGCUAGUUGUGUUUUCUUGGAGCCUGGGACAUGGAUGGACCUUUGUUGGAGCAUUGGUUAAUACCAUGUGUUUGGCAUAUGUUACUAUGCUUGUUGAGGAGCGAAUGUUGAAGCAAGAAAGUAGGGCAGAUGCAUUUAGGCUUUAUCAGAAGACAACUUCUGUGUGGGUACCUUGGUUCAAGUCCUCUCCUUCAGGAGUGAAAAAUAAGAAUGCUUGAUGUUUAUUUUAGUGCAAUGGUUGAUCUUGUUAAGUUUUCAUCUUGGUAUCUUUUAAAAUUUGCAAUGUUCUUGUGUAUUUAAUGAAAUCAUGAAUUGUAUGUGUUCUAGACAUGUAGGUCACUGUAAUAUUGUAUAAAAUCAUAAUGCAUCUGCUACGUUUGGAUUUAUACUUCAAUCUGGCGUUUCAGCUUUAAAAGGAUAGUUCAUAAGUGCCAUGAUGACUUGUGUAUUUGGCCGUGGAUAUAUUCCCACUGGUCUUUUUAGUUAGGCUUCGUUCUGUUCACGGGAAAGCCUGAAGCAUAAGGAAAUAUUUUAUAGAAGAGCUUUAAUAAUUGUUAGAAACAAUACUAUUUGCAGAGUAAAAUUUCAUAUUGUAAAAUGGUGACAUCAAUUUGGAUGCUUUGACAUGGUUGCAUGUUGAUAUCUAGUGUAUGUCCAUUGUCUAUAUCCUUAACCUUAUAAACAAUGGCAUGAUUCAGGAGUAUUACCAUAAUAUCUAACUGUCCAAGAUCCAGAAAAGUUAAAGGAAUAUGAUACACCACCAUCUAGUGUUGGAAAGAGAUGUAUCACAAGAUCGAGCUAAAUUUUCUAGCUUUGAGAGAUUCAAAGUGCAUGGAUGCCCUUAAGAACUUUUGGAUGCUCUUCAUGUAACCAUUGGAUUUUUCUUCAACUUUAAACCACAGAUACAGUGCAUUAUACUACAUGAGCAAGUGCUAUCAGGGAAGUGCUGGUGCAUUUAUCAUUAGUAGCUAUCAAUGAGUUGAUAUCCCAAAGCAGAAAAUUACAUCUGAAAUUAGAUAUAAAAUUGAAAGAUCCUGCUUGGAUUAAAUUUAAUUAAUGCAUUAUUUUUUCCCGUACUAGUUUGGCUCGCUGAUGAGUGAUGUGUGUUAAUGAAGGUGACUUAUAACCGUUAGCUUCUCAUUUGAUUUUGGAUUAAAUGCAAAAUUAUGGUGUUUUGCUUACUAGUCUUAACAAAAUGGUUUGUGUCAUGGGCAGAACAAGACUAGUAAGUGGAAAAACAAUUUGAGGUAUCUCAAAUUCCAUGUGAAGCCAAAUUAACAGCUACUAGGACUUGACCAUUAACAUUUUCCAUUUUAAAAACCAACACAAAGCUUAGGAGAAACUAAUAGAAAAUGGUUAAGGCUCUUAUGUGAGAUUACCUUUAAUAAGAAAUUAUUAAUUUAAUUUCCGUAUCACAAUCUUAACUCACUAAAAUUGAAGGACGAAUAUACUUACUAAAUUUAAAAAUAAGCUUACUUAAAAGAAGAUCAAUACAAAUAAAAACAGGAUUCUAUCUGGCUUGCUCACGGGACUAUGUCUUUGGUACUGUUAAAUAUUCCAUUUGUGAAUCAUUAGGAGUUCAUGGAUUGGGGUGGUUAAGAUUUAAAUUAGUUAUUAUAUAAUUCUAUUGACAAGUAGACGUCGUCUGUGAAAUUGUUUGAUUCCGAAUCAGGGCUACACAGUGAAUGAAUCUUGACCUUAUGGAGGAUUUUACUAUGAACAUUGAUUUGUCUUAUUGGUACUUACGUCCAAGAGUCACUACUGGAGAUGCAUACUUGUGAAUGUAAGUGAAUAUUUUAUUAGAUGUAUUUGAUAAGAUUAAACCAGGUUGGUCAGGAGAAAAAGACAUCAACCAAUGGAUGAGAAGAAAGGAGGAUGGUUUUUGAGAAAGAUCCUUUUCUCAUGGACAAAAUUUAGAUAUUAGUAUUAUCAUUAAUCUCUAAUUAAAAUCGAUAUUUUAUCUUGAUAAUUAUAAUUCUUAUUUUGAUAAUUAAAAUUAAUAACGAGUAUUAAGAUGAGAUGUGAAAUUAAAAUAAAUAAUAGGAUCAACAGUAAUAAUAGUUCUUUUCACUUUUCCAACUUUUUUCUUGUGUCACAUGCAUCUUCAUUAUAUAUUCAGACAAAAACAUAAAAUGCAGAUCCUUUUGCUUUGGCAUUUGUUUGCAUUUGAAUUGAGAUCUCCUUCUGAUUUCUAUACACAGAUUCACAGAUAAUAAUAAUUGCUGGUGGUAUUUAAUGCCACACCAUCUAGGUUUCCACGCAUAUUAAUAUCGGUUUGUGGUCUGCCAUUUGUUAGCUAUAAUUAGGUGCGUCAUAAAAGUUAUACACAUUUUUCAGCAUUACUUUCCACUUAUUUUUUUUCCCUCACUUCCUUGUUCAUAUAUAUAAUCAUUGGCUGAUAUCUCAAGAAUUUUAAUUUUAAUUUUCAUAAAGUUAAGACAUUAACUGUAAUGUUAGCUUUUUUUGCUAUAGCUAAAAAAUAGUGAUUAUGGAGAAGAGAGAGAAAAAAAAGCAAUGUGAU